AUGAGCAAAUAGUUAGUUUUAUUUAAAUGUCCUGUACAAGGACAUGAUCCUUCAAUGUAGGAUUCAGUUUGUUUAGAUAAUCAGUGUUAAUCAAGAGGCUUAGUUUGUGAUAAAUGUUCAGCCUCUAAUCAUUCAAAUCACUACAAAUUACCAUUAGCAAACUUUGUUGAUUAAUAUAGGGAAUGUUAGAAUUUAAGUAAUAUAGAAUAAUAAAUGGAUAAUGACACAAAAAGCUUGUAGAGUAUGCAAGCUGAGAUAAAAGGUCAUUUGCAAAGUUUUAUGAAGACUAUAUAAGAUGAAGUUUUAAAGACUUUAGAGAGAUUACAAACAUAAUUUGAUAGUGACGUGCAGCAGAUAUAGAGUAUGAAAGCAGCAGAAUAACGCUAUACAUAAAUAUUGAAAGACAUUGAAAGGAAGAAUAUUGCAAAUGCAUAAGAAGCUUAGAGAAAAGUUACAGAAUUAGUUUUAAAGGUUCAGUUAUAGCCUAAUAAGCGCUUUUAGUUAUUCAGUGUUAAUGAGGAAGGGUUUUAAAAAAUAAAAACGACUUUAAGAAACACAAUGAGUGCAAAAGAAAAUGUUUAUACGGAAACUACUAAAAUUGCAAAAGACACACAGAGAUAUCUUGACGGAGUUUAUAGAUUUUUAUCUGCAACUUUACAAAAAGGGUCGAAUUUUAAUUAACCAAUGCAUUCAGGAACAUUUGGAUAAUUUGGAUAAACUGUAAAUCAUAAUGAACCUGAACAGUUUAAAUUAACAAGUGAAUUAAAUCCUCCUACUGCAAAUUUUAUUCUUGAAAACUAAAAUAAUCAAAGUCUGAAUGGGUAGAGGUCUUUUUCGAAUAACGCAAGCAGCCACAAUUUUCAUAGCUCACUACCUCAAAACAAUAUGAGCAGGGUAGAUGAAUAAUUACCUAGCGGAAUGUUAACAAAUAAUAACAGCGUAAAUAUUAACAAUAGAAAUACAAUGUACAAUCAUUCGAGCCCAACAAAAGUUAAAAAUACUUCUACAAUUUUCGGAAAAGGAGUAAGUCAGAGUCUUAGCAGAUAAUUUAAUACUAGAUAAAUGGAUUAGCCAAUAAAUGGUAUUGAUAAUCCUGUCAAAUAAUUACAUGAAUUCGAGAGGAAUAACGAAAACAUUUUCUUCUAACAAUAAACUGGUAAUAACAAAUCUCCUUCUCCUUUUAGGGAAGAAAUCCAUAUACAAAACUCACCUUUGAGGAGUGUUGGACCUAGUAAGUCUAAAACAAGUAACUAUUUUAAGUAAGAUGUUAACAUGCCUGCAGGAACUUAAGCUCUUGAUUAGGGAUAUGACAGAUCCUUUUCUCUUACUAAUAAUAUAGGAAAAGCAAAUACUCAGCUUAUAAAUGCUGCUCAUAAUUAAUAUUUUGGUGAAGGACCUGCAAUUUAAAUGAAUCCUAAUACAUCUAGAAGUAUGAAUUAAAUAAUGGACUAAUAUAACAGCUCAAGCAGUCAUAGUCUGAAUCAAUUAAACAAUUAAAGAGUCCCUUAUGCAGCAAUAAAUAGCAAUAGAGUUUGGUGGAAAUCUCAUGACUUACCUGUAAGAGAUAUUGUUUUCAUCGAUAAUGAUAAAAUUGCUUCUGCAAGUGAUGACUGCACUAUUAAACUAUGGGAAAAGAUUGAAGGUAAGCUGCUUACGACUUUAACGGGUCAUCAAAGGCCAGUUACUAGUUUGGCAUACCACUUUACUGGAAGAAUUCUAGCAAGUGGAAGCACUGAUAGGACUGUGAAAAUAUGGAGGCCUGUUCCUACAUGGUAGUGUGUACAUACUUUUAAAGGACAUAAUGAUAUCGUUCGCUCUUUAACUUUCCUUAACGAACGUACUCUGUAUAGCGGAUCUUUAGAUAGUACAGUAAAAGUAUGGGACUUAGAAAAGGGAAUAUUUAUUAGAAGCUUAGAGAAUGAAAUGCUUUAAAAAGUUCAUUGCAUGUUAUUACUCUAAAAUAAAUCAUUAUUAGUAGGAUAUGAUAAAUAGAUAUGUGCGUGGGAUUUGAAAUCAAAUCAAAUAAUCAAAAAUGUGAGUGCUCAUAAUAGUCCUGUAGUCCGUUUGAUAUUUGUUAAAAGCAGAAGAAAUGAUUAACCUUUAAUAAUUUCAGGAGGAAGAGAUUCAUCUGUCAAAAUUUGGGAGGCUUCAACACUUAUCAUGCUUAGAUCAAUAGAAGAAACCUUUCCAAUAACUGAUAUAGUAUACCUUAGUGAAAUCGAUUGCAUCGCUGUUAGCUUAGUAGGGUAAAGAUUGGAUGGAAAAAUAGCCGUUUGGAAUCUAAACAAUUUAAGAAAGGUGAGAGAUAUAUUUGAUAACCCUUCUGCAGCUUAUAGAUUAUAAUACGAUGAAAACUACAGGUUGCUCUAUUCGUGUCAUGAAAAUAGAUUAGUAGAGUACUGCCGUUUAUAAAUUUGA